AUGCACACCGCCCAGUCAGCGAAUUGGAUGGCCCGGGGCAGCUGGGGCAGGCUGAAUUGCUUUGUUACAAGUACCCAAAGUGAUCUACAGAUUACACUUCUGAGUUCAACUCAGAUCGCCCACCAACACGAGCCUUCCGCAUGUUUACAUCCUUCUCAUUCCCGCUCGACUAGGAACAUGGUGAACAUCUGA